AUGGCGAAGAAGCCACCGCUCCCCGACAACGUGAUCCCUUUCCUGCGGAUCACUGUGAUCGGGGAUGCGGACAGCGGCAAGAGCAGUCUGAUCAACGCCUGGGUGAACAACACCUGCUCUUCGGUCUACACGCCGACGCUGGACCCUUUGCUGUACCACAGGAGCAUGAAGAUUCCAAACCCCCUGGAGGAGGGGGAGAUGGUGACCGCCCUGGUGGAGAUCGAGGACACCUAUGCCCCGAUCCGGACCGGCGGCAUCGAUAUGUACGGUCAGAAGCGGGACAUCAGCGAUCUCUUGGAGGUGAAGCCUCCGCCCCGCGAGCCGGUGGUGACGCCCCAGUACUACGGCCCCUUCGCGGAGUACGAGGCGCUCUCCGAGCUGCAGUAUGAGCCUUUGUCCCGAUGCAGGAUGGGAUUCUUGCUGGUCUUUGACUGCACCAUCGAGGAGUCGCUGAAGACGGCCAUGGAGCUGUUCAACAGCAUCUGCCUGCAGUCCCCGACCAAGUCGAGUGUGCCGAAGGGCAUCACGGUGUUCCUGGUGGCCAAUAAGAUCGACAAGGAGCCCUUGGCCGAGCAGACCAAGAAGAACCGCGCGGCCGCGCGGUCCUUCGCCGAGGUCAAGGAGCUUCCCUACUUCGAGUCCUUGGACGUCCCCGACCCUUUUCAUUGGCUUCUUGUCUGGCCACGGCGCUGCAUCUGGCGGUUGGUGGGCAACUUCCCGAAAGAAACCCGCGGCCUGCCAGGUCUCGGCCAUGAAGUUUCUGCGGGUGCGGAAGAUCUUCCGGGAGAUGGUGGAGCACAUCGUGCUCCAGCCGCAGCUUUGGAGCUCGGACUCGCUGAAGGAAUUCUACCAGCAGAGGCAGAAGACGACGGUUCAAGACCAGUGCGCUUUGCAGUGACGCCACACCCUGCUUCGUGA